CGUCUCAGUCAGUCAGUGCUGGCUCCGAGCACACGGCACAUAUUCCGUGUUACGGAACGUGGCGAGUGAUGACGGAUGUCCCGGAAUAACACGAAUGCCGGCGGUGGACAUUUUCAUCAAGGAUGGGUUGCGAUGGAGGAACUAUCCCGAAGCGCGAUGAGUUGGUCAGAACGAAGAAAAAGCCCGAACAAAAAGACAAGACAGCUGAUUUAGUGGCCAAAUGGAAGCAUUGUGCUCUGAGCCAGGAGCGCCUGGUGGAACCUAUCAUGGCUUGUGAACUGGGAAAGUUGUACAACAGAGAAUCAGCCCUUGAGUUUCUGCUGGACAGAAGUAAAUUUGAAUCUGCACGAAACUUUGACCAUCUUCGAGCUCUCAAGGACUUGAAGAAGUUGGAGCUGACUGUCAACCGGGCCUACGAGGGCAGGCUGGCAGAGAAGGGGGACAGCUAUAUUGACAUGCAGAAGUCUGGCUACAUCUGUCCAGUUGUAGGUCUAGAGAUGAAUGGAAAAUACAAAUUCUGUUUCUCCUGGAACUGUGGAUGUGUUGUGUCUGAGCGGGCUCUGAAGGAAGUGAAGACCGAUGUCUGCCACAAGUGUGGGAAGCCAUUUACUGCUGCAGACAUUGUGGUGAUAAAUGGAACAGAGGAGGACUAUGACGAGAUGAAGACAAAUAUGGAGGCACGGAGACUCAAAGCCAAGAUGGAGAAGAAAGCUAAAAAGGCAGAGAAACACAAAGUCGAGACGAGCCAGACUGCUGAAGGUGAAGCAAGUUCCAGCAAGAGGGUGAGAAUUGUUGAACCAACCAAGGUUGAAAGUGGAGCACCCAAGUUGACCAAUGGGCUGAAGGAUUCCAGGACCAAAAUAACCAAUGGGAAAGUGGAGGAGAAAACAGCCAAAGCCAAAAGCAUCCAAGAAGAUCCCGCUGCCAGCAAAGCCUUCAAGUCUUUGUUCACUUCCUCUGACAAGGCAAGGAAUCAACCAAAGGGUCACUGGGUCACAUUUAACCCCAUGUAUUACUGAAAACUCUCUUCGGACGUUAGGUAGGCUUUGUAAGAGAGUUGCAACAUACCAGUAAGGCAGUUAGCAUGGCCACGUCACCGAGUCAGGAUACUGGAGGCAACACAGGGUAGUUGUGCAGUAAUGUUUAUGUACUACCAACCCAUCUGCAUCUUCAGCUGUUAGCAAAGCACGUUUUGGGCUGAUGGGGUAGCUGAUGACCCAGGUGCGAUUCUCCUCACGGGAUAAAGUGUGAAGCUCAUUUCAGCUGUCCCCUGCCAUGAUGGUACCAUAAUGGUGCUAAAAGCACCUGUACCAUGAAGACAUACUCACUCUGAAUAAUUUUACUUGUUAAAGAUCAUGUUUCCUUUUAUGGCAAGUCUCAAUUUUUAGUAUAUACUGGGGUAGGUUACCUUGGCAACUGAAACUUGUUGGAUGAUGCCAGCAUGUUUUAUGAAAUGUUGACACCAUUGUAGGUUUGAUUUUCAACUUGGACAUGGCCCUCAUGUAUGUGUACAUUGGUGUAACUGUAUGUGUUUCUGCUUUUAGCAGUAUUCCAGACAUAUCAGGGCAGGGUCUGGCAUCAAGUAGUUUAACACAAUCUACGGGUGUGGUUUAUGAAGCCAACAUUUUGAAACAUUCAUUAACAGAAUAUUUGGAUUUAACACUGCAGCCAUGUUGAAAGUGUUCUACCCAUGAAUAACCAGUAUGCAAGUCAGCUACAGAACCUUGUGGUAUGUCUCUGGUCAGGGAGGUGUUUACUUUUCUGAUUAAUGAAUGUGAAAAGCUUGAAUCAUGCAGAGUUACUGUGGUUACAUGUAAAUAUAUUUGUGAAUUUAGUGUAAAUAUUGUGUAAUAUGUCUGUAUUUGUGAAUAAAUUAUCUUAUCUA